CUUCGAAACACCAGACAGGUUGAUCGCAGUUUGUUUCGCGAGGACUAGUUAUCCGAAUUAUAGCUACAUACCUAUACAUAGCUACAUAUUUAUUAAUAUUUCUAGCUUCGCAGAAUCGUACACUUGCGCCAAACACUGUCCUGAUUGUAUCAUACACAACUCAAAUAUUCACAACAAUUAUAGUCGUAAGCUUUCUGCAACGAGAAUAAACUAUGCUACCUUUGGUUGUAUUGACGAACAUUCUAUGCUGGGCUGCUGUGGCUGAAAGUGCAAAGGUGAUAAGAGAAGGCCCGGGAUUGUCGUGGGUGACCGUUCCUGCUGGCGUGUCGUGGAUAAACCGGGCGUGGUGUCCGAAAAAGAGCAACAAUGAGGAGCAGAGCUGCCAGAAACUGGACAUUCCCCCAAAUGACGGGACAGGGGGGAUUGUCAAUGUGGACAUGUUUGACACGACGACAGAGGCCAUCAUAGAUAUCCGGACUAUGGGGUACACAGUCAUGUGCUACAUCUCAGCGGGGACGUACGAAGACUGGAGGGCCGACUCGGUCGACUUCCCAACUGAACUAAAGGGACUGAAGAUGAAAAACUGGGAUGAAAAGUGGCUGGACAUUCGCACGACCAAUCCAUACCACAACUAUCUCAAGGCGCUGAUGCAGAACCGCAUUAUCACGGCCGCUAACAAAGGCUGCCAAAUUCUGGAGUAUGAUAACCUCGAUUGCUGGUCCAACAACUGUCUCAGUGGCAUCCAAAGCCGAGACGAUGGGAUGUUCCAGAGUCAACUGCAGUACAACACAUGGCUGGCAGAGACGGCCCAUCAGUACGGUAUGGGUGCGGCCUUGAAGAAUGAUCUGAGUCAGGCCGAACUGCUCGAGCCCUACUUUGAUCUGGCCGUGAACGAGGAGUGCUACUACUACAACGAAUGUGAUAAGCUACAGCCUUUCAUUGAGAAUAACAAGGCCGUACUAGGGACAAGCUAUAAUUUUGACGACGGGGACGCCAUCUGCACAGACUCAUUCCACUCUACAUACUCUUGGUUGCUUGCCAACCAGGCCAGUUGGUACGAGUGUCCGUCUGAGGGUGCCGCGGUCAUAGACAGUGAGACGGUGGAUGUACCAGAAACGGCGGACCCCUUCGGCGAGUGGUCUCAAUGUACUGCGACGUGUGGCGGUGGGGUAAGCGAGAGGCCUUGUCUUGAUCCAAUGUAUUGUAUGGCCAAUGAGUACCAGACCUGCAACAGCCAGCAAUGCCCAGUGCCCUGCUCCUCGCUCCAGAUCAGCCCAGGACAGGCGCUGCAAGAGGGCCAGUCCGCUGUAUGGGCCUGUCCCACUGGCUUCGAAGUAGUAGGUGAGCAGAUAGCCACUUGCACGAACAACCUAGUACAGCCGCCCGUGUGCCAGGACAUUGACGAGUGUGCCUCUGCGAGUACACACACCUGCGAUGCCAACGCGCUGUGCGUCAACACGGCCGGGGCGUACCGGUGUAAGUGCGCCACCGGUUUUCAAGGCGACGGACUGACGUGUCAGAGCAAGUUCACACUGGCGCAGGACGGGAGGCUGGAGUACGGCCUGCGCUACCUACAGACGUCGUGUGGACAGGCGGCGGCUAUCACCGCCGAGGGUCACUUCCAGUUGUAUGGGGAUGACGGGGUGCCCUACUUCACCACGGCCGGAGCCGAACUUCGGGCGCCCGUGGGGAGCACUCGCUUGGGGGUGGGCCCUACCGGUGCGUUGCUGUUGGUUGAUGAGGAGAACCAGAUAAUAUGGAGAGAUGGCUACGACGGUGCCCAGGGCGAGAAAGUGGGGCCGUUCCGCUUGUUCUUAACCGAGAAUGGUCAGUUAAUCAUCAUGUCUGGCGCGGGAGAGAUUGUGUGGGCGAGCACGUGGAUGUCCGCAUGCAGUCGGCAUUCGUGAAGACACGGACAUGCGUGGAUAGGGAGAGAGGAGGAGACUGUACCUGGGUAAGGAGAAGAGGAGCACACAUGAGAACAGAACUGGGAUAGAAGGAGAAGAGAAGAACAGGGCAUACUUCGGUACAUAAAAGGAAGGAAAGACGGAGGAAGGAAGAAGUAACGCCAUGUAUAGUACACAGUAGUUAGGCCUGUUCCGGUCGCCAGGCAACAUAUAGUACGGUGCUCCGGUCGCCAAGCAACGAAUGAUACGCAAGGAAGUAGAGCUUGCUACGGUUGUCCCCCAUAGCAACGGGAGUGACGGAGAGGAUGAGAACGCCACAUGGUAAUGCUGCAGCAGAUCAGUGUGCAUGGUGUCGUGUCAUGGUUUCUAACGUGCGGCCUUUGAUAGACGCUUAUGGACGCCAUGCCACGAGAAAACGCGACGAUAACAGUCAAAGCGGGACGAGAUGAGAACUGUUAAACAGGGACGAGAACUUAAAACGGGACGAGAACUUAAAAAGGGGAUGAGAACUGUUAAAUCGGGACGAGAACUGUUAAACCGAGAACUGUUAAACGGGACGAGAACUGUUAAAAUGAGACGAGGACUGUUCAAUGUAUUCUCAUGAGGAGUACGAGGAGUGGGUGGAGUGGGGUAUUUAACAUAUGUGGCCUGUUGCGCAGCUAUUGAUUGGACCGCAACGGUCGAGUCGUUAGACACUGAGACAGCCGCCAACCAAGCUCUACGGUCGCACGAGUAUAUCAGUAAUCAAGCCAGAGCUUAACACGACACUCUCCUUGAUCAAGACCACACUCUCUACUUAAAACAAAGACCACGCUCUUUGUUUAAGACGAGGACAGAGAAGAAUAUGAAGUAAGGCAGAACAACUUUGUGGAGAGUACAGUACAGCACGGGUCAUGAGAAAGCCCGAGUGGGACAAGGCGGUGUAGAUUGCAUACGGCAACACUUAGCUCUAACGGUAAGUUAGAAUAUAGUGGCAGGCGAGAGAGACAAUGGGGGAACGUAGAUCGCAGGGGGAAUGCGGUGCUAUGCCUUGCAAACAACGUCCAAGUUGGACAAGAACAAAAAGAUAACAGGAUUGAAGAAUAAAAAGAUAUAACAAACAGUA